AUGAGUUCCCGAUGGUUUAAGAAAAUCAAAUCCAAGGUCCGACAUCCAGACUCUGCCUCGCCUCGUGUUUCGCCUCCUUCAGUACCUAUUGCUCAGCCUUCUGCAGUCCCCCAGACAUCCGCAGCCCCUCAGACGUCGACCUCAACGACAAGCCUCAAAGAGCGGCUUUGGAAUCAAGCGUACGAUGAGCUUAAGUUGAGCGAAUCCGAUGUAGUCGAAGCAUACGAAAAACUUCUGUCCGAUGAACUUCUUGGUGACAAUCCUCCUCCUACCGCAACCGCUGCAGAUGGCCACAGUAACAAACCUCCCUCGGAGGAAAGAUGGCGCCUGAUGGAGCGCCUUGUCCAAGCUGGGCUACAGAAGAUUGAAAAGGAAGCAGCUACCAAACAGAAGAUCAGCGAGGGAAUUCGUAUUAUCUCCCCUUUGAAGGACGUGAUCGGGAAGGCUAUGCAGGCUGCGCCCCAAGCCGCUGUCGCCUGGGUCGGCGUCUCUUUCGCUCUUGAGCUACUCGCGAAUCCGUUUACUGAACCAGGCAUCAACCUCGACGGUAUCGCAUACGUUACGUCGAGGAUGGAAUGGUACUGGAACCUGGUGGAUCUCCUCCUUGAUCAGGAGGGUUCCAAGCCGGAAUUCGAGGGGCUACGUGGUCAGCUCGAGAAGCACAUUCUUGAGCUUUACCAGGAACUUCUUGUCUACCAAAUAAAGAGCAUCUGUCUCUAUAACAGGAAGCGGGUUGUUGUUUUCCUCAGGGAUAUCGUCAAGUUAGAGAAUUGGACCAUCCAGAUCGACGACAUAAAGGCCGCCGAGACAGCCGUCCUGAGCGAUUCGGAGCAAUACAACUCCCAAAAGACUCGUCGGCACCUCCAACUCCUGGAGACCACGGCAGAGCAUCAACUUAAGGAGAUGCAAAGUGUCACAAAUGCUAUUCACCAACAGACCAAGCGGCAAGAAGAGUAUCAACAGAGUCAGGACGACAAGAAAUGCCUGAACGACCUUUUCCAGACGGAUCCCCGCCACGACAAGACCCGCAUCCAGGAAACCAAGGGCGGCCUCCUUCGAGAAUCGUAUUGCUGGAUUCUAGAUCACCCCAAAUAUCGAGAGUGGAGAACAGACGCACAGAGACGCCUGCUAUGGAUCAGGGGUGAUCCAGGCAAAGGCAAGACGAUGCUCCUGUGCGGCAUCAUUGACGAACUGGAAAAGGACUCUUCUAGCAAACUCGCUUACUUCUUCUGCCAAGCCACCGUGGGAAACCUAAGCAAUGCCACAUCGGUGCUGCGAGGUUUGAUAUUUAGUCUCGCAAAACAGUACCCGCGGCUUAUCAGGCACGUCCGUGAGGAGUAUGACGGUGGCGGCAAGCAGCGGUUCGAGGAUCUCAAUGCCUGGGAGGUCAUGUCCAAGAUCCUCAAGGCUAUGCUACAUGAUCCCAUCCUGGAUGACGUCCUCUUGAUCGUCGAUGCCCUCGACGAAUGUGAGACAAAUCGCCCAAAACUUCUUCAUUUCAUCACACAAGUAUCACUCACGUCUCGUGCUAAGUGGAUCGUAUCAAGCCGCAACUGGCUGGAGAUUGAGGAAAUCUUGGGCAACGGCUCCCAACAAAUCACCCCCAAGCACCAGGACACACUCUCCCUCGAGCUGAAUCCCGAAUCUGUUUCCGAGGCCGUUCGUAGCUACAUUCAAUACAAAGUGGAUGAAUUGGCGGUGCUCAAGAGUUACGACAAUACGACCCGCGCUGAAGUUCAAAGGCACCUAAUCAACAACUCAAACGACACUUUUCUGUGGGUGGCUUUGGUCUGCAAACACCUCGCUGGUGAAAACGUCCGAAAGCGUCAUACCCGUGAGGCUUUGAAGAGAUUCCCACCAGGUCUCGAGUCUUUGUACGAAAGGAUGAUCGAUUACAUAUCUCGUUCAGAUGAUGCAGAUAUUUGCAAAGAUAUCUUGGCCGUCUUCUCGGUGGUGUACCGUCCUCUCACGUUGCAAGAGCUCAUGUGCAUGGUCCAGUUACCAGCCUCCUUUGGUAAUGACCUUCAAAUUCUGGAGGAACUUAUUGUAUCCUGUGGCUCUUUUCUUACUCUUCGAGGGGACACUAUCUACUUUGUACACCAGUCGGCUAAGGAUUUCCUGCUGAACAAGACUUAUAAGGGGUUUGAUCAAAUUCUACCUUUCGGCAUCGCGCAACAGCAUUAUAACGUCUUCUCAAGAUCUUUGGAGGUGUUAUCCAAGAUACUCAAACGCGACAUCUAUGAGCUGCGCGCCCCUGGAAGUCUUACUGAGGACAUAAUACCGCCUGACCCAGACCCUUUGGCCCCUCUGAAGUACUCUUGUACAUACUGGGUUGACCACCUUCAGCAUUCGAAUCCCACGGACAGCCCUGCACGAGAUGAUUUGCGCGACAACGCCAGUAUUCAUAAAUUUAUGGGCUGCCACUAUCUCCACUGGUUGGAGGCUCAGAGCCUUCUGCUAGGCAUGUCAGAAGCAGUCUUAGCAAUAGGGUUACUUGAAAAUCUCGUGACAAGCGCAGAUUCACAGCAACUGACGGAUCUGAUUCGAGAUGCUCAUCGGUUUAUCCUGUCUUACAAAUACUGCAUCGAGACUGCCCCCCUACAAAUCUAUGUAUCUGCCCUACUAUUCAGCCCUAAACAUAGCCUAGUACGACAACUUUAUCAAGCAGAAGCACCGACCUGGGUUACAGUCACUACAGAUGUUGAAGCAAACUGGAAUGCAUGUCUCCAAACGCUAGAGGGGCAUAGCAACUCGGUUUGUUCAGUAGCUUUCUCUCCUAAUGGGUGUCAGCUAGCCUCAGCCUCUCAUGAUGAAACUAUUAAACUCUGGGAUGUAGCCACAGGCCAGUGCCAGAAGACGCUAGAGGGGCAUGGCAACUAUGCUACUUCAGUAGCCUUUCCCCCUGAUGGGCGGCAGCUUGCCUCAGCCUACAAUGAUAAGACCAUCAAACUCUAUGACGUAGCCACAGGCCAGUGCCAGCAGACACUAGAGGGGCAUGGCGACAGCAUUAGUUCAGUAGUCUUCUCCCCUGAUGGGCGACAGCUAGCCUCAGCCUCUCACGAUGGGACCAUCAAACUCUGGGAUAUAGCCACAGGCCAGUGCCAGCAGACGCUAGAGGGGCAUGGCGACGGCAUUAAUUCAGUAGUCUUCUCUCCCGAUGGGCAGCAGCUAGCCUCGGCCUCUCACGAUGAGACCAUCAAAAUCUGGGAUAUAGCCACAGGCCAGUGCCAGCAGACUCUAGAGGGGCAUGGCGGCUGGGUUCUGUCGGUUGCCUUCUCUCCUGAUGGGCGUCGGCUAGCCUCAGCUGCUGAUAAAACUAUUAAACUCUGGAAUACAGCCACAGGCCAGUGCCAGCAGACGCUAGAGGGGCAUGGCGGCUGGGUUGAGUCGGUAGCCUUUUCUCCUGAUGGGCGGCAGCUAGCCUCAGCCUCUCAUGAUCACACCGUCAAAACCUGGGACGUAGCCACAGGCCAGUGCCAGCAGACGCUAGAGGGGCAUGGCGACAGCAUUAGUUCAGUAGUCUUCUCCCCUGAUGGGCGACAGCUAGCCUCAGCCUCUAAUGAUGGGACCAUCAAGCUCUGGGAUAUAGCCACAGGCCUGUACCAGCAGACGCUAGAGGGGCAUGGGGACCGGGUUCGGUCGGUUGCUUUCUCCCCUGAUGGGCGUCAGCUAGCCUCAGCCUCUGAUGAUGAGACCAUCAUGCUCUGGGAUGUAGCCACAGGCCUGUGCCAGCAGACGCUAGAGGGGCAUAGCUGGAUAGUUACUUCUAUAGCCUUCUCUUCUGAUGGGCGGCAGCUAGCCUCAGCCUCUCGUGAUCAGACUAUUAAACUCUGGGAUACAGCUACAGGCCAGUGCCAGAAGACGCUAGAAGGGCAUGGCAGGGGUAUUAAUUCAGUAGCCUUCUCCCCUAAUAGGCGACAGCUAGCCUCAGCCUCUAAUGAUAAGACUAUCAAACUCUGGGAUAUAGCCACAGGCCAGUGCCAGCAGACGCUAGAGGGGCAUGGCGGCUGGGUUGAGUCGGUAGCCUUUUCUCCUGAUGGGCGGCAGCUAGCCUCAGCCUGUGACGAUGAGACCGUCAAACUCUGGGAUGCAGCCACAGGACGGUGCCAAGAGACACUGAAGGGCGAGAGCAGCUUGGAUCAUGUAUUCGAGACAGCAAUCCAAAAACCAACUCACGAGUUUAAAGACUGGCGCGGUAUUCUGUUAAAGGAGGACAUAUGGGUCAGUAAUGGCCCUCAGAAUAUACUGUGGUUACCUUCAGAGUACCGGGCGGAAAGUCACGAGGCUAAAGGAUCAACAUUAGCUAUUGGAUGUCGAUCGGGCCGAGUGCUGAUUUUGCAGUUCAUAUAG